ACGGCAGUCUCGUGUCGUCACCGCCCCUGUCGUCACGCCUCACGCGCUCCCUCAAAGGGCGGCUCACGGGCGCCCUAAAUUACUGGACGGGCACCAAGGAGCGCCCCAGCAAAGACUAUCCGGCGACGCCGACGUGCUCGCCCUCAGGAGAGGAAGGCGCUGAGGAAGAGGGCGAGAAGGAGCAGCAGUUUCCCAUGUCCCCAGCCUCUGGGGCGCCCUUAGUCUUCCCCGAGCUGCAGCAGAACAACCAGCAGCUUCCCCAGCUACCUGACGAUUCUGCCA